CCCGGUUACAUAAUUUCAAAGAUGGCGGAUGAUGGGGUUGGCUUUGUAAUCGACCAUUUGUUCGCCUUGUACUCAAUUUCUGAUCGUUAAUUUAUUACUUAUUUUCUCCGAUUUCCAAUUUAAUUUAAUUUCUAACGAUAUCGCAUAAAAAAAUCCACGAAAGUAUUUUCCUAAUUUAUCAGAACGUCAAUGUUCUCGUCCAUACUUGCUCGUUCGACAAAGCGCGUCAUUCGUCGCGGUUUUCUCUGGGACAUUCAAGCUCUUAGUUGUGCGUUGAGAAAAUCAUGUUGUAGCAAAGUAGCGAGUUCUGAUGAAGGACCUUUACGACUGUACAACUCCUAUCUGGAAAGGCAAGUACUUAAGCCAGAUGACUGUCAACUUCAAGUCGUCUAUCAGCUGCAAGGUUUAUACGAGCGACUCAAGGAUUAUGAUCCUCGACUACAACAGACAAGUAAGUCCGGAAUAUUGUUAAUAAAACGCUUCCGUAUACACUGUCCCUCUGAACUGUAUCGAGCUGCAAAGGCCUUGUUUAAUACACUGUGCAAUUUUAAGAUUUCCACAUUGCCCUUGCAUUUCUUAGCCCAUUCGCCCUUGGGAAUUUUGUCGAAAAACGCUAGUCGAGCGGUUUUCUAGUCACUCUCUGGCUAUAAAGAGCUUAAACAUACCACUAAGCUAUUUAAAGGUCGUGUACUUCGCGGCCUUCUGACCCAGAUGCAAAAUAUUAGCAUACGUUAAUUUUUUUCUUUUGCUGGACAAUAGUAGGCUUCAUUUUUCUUGGAAAAUUUUUAGGGAAAGCUUUCAGGAUCGUAGGAUUAGAUGAAAGGAAAGUUAAGUGGGUAGUGAAACAAGAUUUUGAUGGAAAUUUUCAGGUCAAUGUUACAUGUUUUCUGCCUUUCUUUCCGCUCUCCUCUCCUGAAUUGUGCCCAUGCUAGGGUGGUUUGAAAGAUCUCUUCUCCCUGCACAAGUUAGUGUACAAAGUUGUUCUUGACUGUUAAAACUGAAGACAUCAAAAGCGUUAGAAGGGACAUGAAUCCGCAUGGGCACUCAUGGCCAGUUCAGGGGUGAAUGGGUUAAGAAUUCAAAGGCAGCAAAUUAUAGUAUUUCACCCAAAUAAGUUAAAUUAAUAAGAAUCUAUUAGCUCAAACACGUAUGCGACAUUCACUUAUCAGUGGCCAUCCGAGGGGGUUAACCCCGGGACCCCCUGGGCAUUUGUACAAUGAUGUUUACCAAUCCCCCCACCCAAGAAUAAUAUUUCAGUACAAAAAGGCUACCAUGCCCUUCUCCGCUAGGUGCAUUACAAAUCCCGCAGGUCUUUCCCCUGCUAUAAAAGUGCAAAGUGAUUCAAUUCUCCCUUCUUGGACUAAAAAUUAGCAGCAAAUGUCAACAAUUCCUUCGUCAUGGCCAUAUUAUCUCUUGGGAUGGCUGCUGAUAAGUGCAUUAACCCAUUUCCUCCUUCUACUUUUGGUGAAAAACAACUUUUGAAGAUAGCUUUUCUGGUCACUAUCUGCUGUGAUGAGAAAGGACUACAUCUUGGAUCAUCCCAAAGAAACUCAUCCGUGCAUGAAAGAUAAAUUUCCCACUAGCGAAUUAAGCCCUGAAAGUACAGCUGCAGCAAAAAGAUAAAACACCAGAAGUGUUUUUUAUAGGCAGGUCAUUGAGGGUGCAAGAUCAACAGAAAAAUGCCUGCUUCAGCCCUUGGCAUUGAGACAACAAGAUAUUUGCGUACUUUAACUCAGACUAUUGUUUCUCUGAAAUUGUUUUGAAACAAAGACGUCUGGAACAUCUAAAAGAAAUUGCGUCUCUCUUCUGCUAUUAAAACAGAUUACAAAUUGUAGGAAUACACCAGACUGAAUUUUUCUGUUGCAUAAGGUGCUAAAAUUAUACAUAUUUUUCCUCCAUUGUAAUAUAAAAUCUAUUUCGAGUCCUUUUCUGCCCACUACAAAGAAGCUAUUUAAGCAACUAGUAAAUAGCACACCUAUGUUGAAAUUUUAAAAGCAUAAAAUCUCUGAAGGAGGUCUUUUCGUUAGAGCAAAAGGUUUUCAAAGGUUUCACGCCAAAAAAGUUGUCUAGCCGGUUAGUCUGCAAGCAAGCUCUCCCAAGGGAACAUAACGUCAUCGCCUGAUUAAAAAUUGGCCAGUCAGCAUUUUGCAUCCCAUUCUGGGAUGAAGAUAUUCAAAUUUAAGAGACGCAAGUGCAAGCUCACCUACCCCUCUCCCUCCCCCACCCCUGUACCCCUGGGAGCCCCAAGAGAGCUUGCUUGUGGGCUAGAUUUUAGUAUAUUAAUGAGUUGAUAUUGAAGGUGAAUAUUAUUGUUUGCCAUGUAAAAAGCUUAUAAAAGAGAUGAAAAAGCUGACUGUUAGUGAGGAUUAGCCCUUUUACCAAUGAGAGUAUAAUUCUGUUAAAAUAAAUGAAAUAACUAAAUAAUUACAGUCAAAUCCCACUUUUCAGACACCAGCUUAAUAAUAUGGACACCUGGUUAUUACACAUAAUUUUCCUUGUCCCUAACCCUUACAUAUUUCCUAAAUUCAACACCCCAUUAAUCAGACACUUUAUUUGGGCCCCUCAGUGUCUGUAUUGACAGGGUUUCACUGUAAAUAAAUCCUACUUUCUGUAAAAUGUUGAAUUUUACCGCUCACUCUCCGAACAUGCCCAAAAGUUUAUUCCCCUGAAGGGGCUUACCACAGUGUUUUUUUUGCAUGAUUAUGUGGAUGACACGCAUGCUCGAAAUGUGUACCAAAAGCUUCUCCCAUUGGAAUUUAUGAUUACUGAUCACUUUCUUAUCACAUCAAACCUUUUUUUUGUCUUCAGAUUCACAACCACAAGAAGCACCUCAGGGACUCUAUCUCCACGGAGGAGUGGGAAGUGGAAAAACAAUGUUGAUGGACAUCUUUUAUGACAGUAUUCCUGUCUUAAACAAGAAGCGUGUCCAUUUUUAUUCCUUCAUGCUGCAGUUGUAUUCACUGAUGAAUCGGUGGAACCUUUGCUGUCCAAAUUAUGAGGUGACAUUCGAUGUAACCCCAGUAGAAGCCGUUGCAUCUGAGCUAGCAGGCGAGGCAUGGUUGCUCUGUUUUGACGAAAUGCAACUGGCUGACUUUGGUUCUACUCGUCUCCUGGAAGGCGUGUUUCGAACAAUGCUGGAAAAGGGGACAGUGAUUGUUACAACAUCUAACAGGUAUUGUAAGAUUACAUAGUUGUCUUAGUCAUUUCACUUCAAAGAAUGCAAAGUCUUCAAAUUAAAGAAAAAUCUAUUACUCUCUUCUCAUAAAAUACACCAAAACAAAGUACAGAUGAAAAGGUGACAUUUAAACAGUUACAUUUACUACAAGAUUUCAUUCAAUCCAAGAAUUUAAAGUAAUAGAGACCAGAAAUGUAAAGUCACAUUAAUAAAUUGACAACAAUCUUCCCUGGUCGGUACUUUUAUCGACCAUAGAAAUGACAUCAAUUUCAAUACUCAAGUGGAACCACGAGCCAUGGGCAAGUGGUUUCACUGCAAUGUUUGUGGGAUUGCUAGACAUCUUUGUUGAAAACAGCAAGGUGAAAAAUGCCCUCUUGCCAAAAAAAAUAAUCAACUUGUUAGUGUAAAUUGAUGCUGAGGUUUUAGCGGCAUUAUCCUGAUCGCUCGCUACAAUUUUUCUUCGGUCAUAAGAGAAGUGAAAGGUUUAGUUAUUGAGAUUUUAAGCUCAUUCCUUCAUAUAUAGGAUCAGAUAUGUAUGUCAGUGUAUACCUCUAGCUUAGGGGUUUUCCUUCCCGCUGAUUGUCCAAAAGACUAUCUGGCUCUUCUGAAGUUUUUAAAAAAAAUUUAAAGAAUUAUCUCACUGAUAGCCGAUCUGUCGUUUAAUUUUCUGAUCUUGCUCACUCUGCACUCAGCCAUGAACUUAGUUCACUAGGUAGUUGNCCUGGUGUUGGGAGUGUCAUAUAGGUUUAAAUGCUGUCGGGAACUCAAGCUCUUUUUCUUUGUCCCACGCUCGUGACAUGCUGAUAAUCACACCCCUCACGCUCAUUUCCCGAGCUUAAAAUCCGCCAUCUUUCUCGAGUUCAAACACUGAUUGUUUUUAAAAAUCGUGGUUUCCAGAUCCCCCUUUGAACUUGGCACGUCAUCUUUUGGACGUGAGGAAGAGGCAUUGGACUCUGUGACGUCACUUGUGGGUUUAUUAACACGACACUGUGAGCUAGUAGCCAUGGAUUCAGAGAAAGACCACAGAAUUUUCCAGAAACCUGGAAAGGAGACUUACUUUACCCCAAUCACGGCUGAGACAGAGAAGGCGCUGGACGAAGCAUUUUGCAAGGCAGUCGGAAGUGGACUUCGGCUUUCAUCGGUUUCUCUUCCCGUGUACGGUCGGAAGGUACUCGUGCCUGUUGCCUCAGAGAAUCGCGUGGCUCGAUUUUCUUUCAACGAACUCUGUAGAUCCCCGCUAGGUCCAGCAGAUUAUAUUACCAUCUGUAAUCAUUUCCACACAAUAUUUGUGGAAGAUAUUCCCCAAAUGAAUAUUUACCAGAAGAACGAGGCCAGGCGCUUUUUAAGUUUUGUGGAUGCUGCAUACGAGAGCAAAGUGAAGUUGUUUUGCACCGCGGCUAGCUCGCCUGAUAAUUUGUUUCAGCUGAUUCCAAGCGACGACUCACUGAACGAAGACAAGAUGCACAUUGAAAUGAUCGGGGAGUUGGCUUACGAUCUCGAGCUCACCCAACUCGAUUUGAGAUCUCUGGGGAUUUUGACCGGCGAUGAAGAAAUAUUUUCCUUCAAGCGCUGCAUUUCUCGACUCAAAGAAAUGCAAAGCGAACUUUAUCAAAUGCAGAAGCACCGUCGCCAAGCCUUUUCGCCUUACUUGGGUUCGUUCGAGGAACGCAUUCAGUCGGAGAAUCGUCGUCGGGAACGCGAACACAAUCGACGCUUGAAAAUGCUCGAGUCUACCGGCCAUGAAAGCAGUGAUGCUCCAAGCGAGUUGCCGCUAACGCCGCUCACUUCAGGUUCAUCAGACUGGGGCGACGAAGCAAGUUAUAUCUCUUGGAGUAAUGAUGUCAUGAGGAAGGAACUUCGUGAUUUGGAAAGGAAGAGAAGUGGAGAGUACUUAAAAAGGCACGAUGCACCGAAAUUUGGUGAAGAGCACUUCUGGGGAUUCGGUUGGUGGGAGAAACUUUUGGGAAGAAGAAAUAAGAAAGGCAAGGGCCAAGACGAACAUGAUAAUUUUAAAUAAUAUGAACGCCUUAUUGCGUAGUCCGUAGGUCUCGUCUAACGUUUUAGAGAAAUGUAAUUGAAAUCCCUUGUUGUGGACUUUCAUUUGCAAUCAAAUCUGUUCCCUGCUUGAAUGGAAGCACCUUCCACUCUCUUAUCGAAAGUCAGCUCUGUGCUAUAAAGCCGUAGGAGGAGGGCGUGUCUGUGGGAGGGGGAUAGGAAGGAAUGCUGAUACUCUCGUGUCGAAAGUCAGCUUUCUCCCAUAAAUCCCUAAGAAGGGUGCAAGAACAGGUGUAGACGUGAAACACGGGAAAUAUCUUUGCGUACGAACAGUCAGUCAUCAGAUUGACAGUAGAUUGUUGGACAAGCGUGUCCAUCGACUGAUUACUACAAAUGGACCCUAUUCAAAAACUUCGUGAUAUUCAACAACGAAUUUUCGAGCAUUUCCCCUUUGUGUUCUCCUUUCAUGCACUCGCAAAAGUACAUAGCUUUCAUUAAAUCAAUUGGGUACGAAGAUGAUACUCUCUUAAAACUUUUUUCCGUUUGAAUUGUAUACAUUACAUUUACCGUGUCGUUUUUAUAAAUCUUCUGGUCUGACAGCGUAAUUAGUUGUUAUCUUUAACUUAAUGUUAAGCAAGUUCUGCACUAGUUUCUUUUAAGACCCCAGCUCCUUAUUUUUUCGUAAGAUGGCAGCGAUAGAGCGCUUACGAGACUAUAACUGGCGGCCAUAUUGGUUUCAAAUACACCAAUAGUGCGGGAGUUGGAGUGUAUAGCGUAGGGAGGGGAGGCGCGAAAUCAGUACUUCAACUAUAUUUACAUUUCGCAGGAUAACCAUGAAAAAAUAGUAUGAACCAAGGUGUAUUUAUUUUCUAACUCGUAAGAUUUACGUCUGCGCAGUUCACCCUGUAAUAAGUACUACCACCUUUUUAAGUGCGCCCUUUUUACCUGUGGCGCCUUGAGCAGCUCAUGGACAGUCAUCACUGUCCAAUGUAAGUGAAGUGGUAUUCAGUUCAGCGCGCAAAUAAAGAGGUACGCAGACGAAAUUCUAACAGGC